GUAUUUUAGUUAUGUAACUCCGGGAAGAUAACCUAACUAGUGUUCCUGGAUCCUGUAUCAGUACAACCCUAUAAGUAACUGCCAACUUCCCAACAUGUAAAAUCAAAGGUGGUGGACUAAAUGAGAUUCUACUUUACUUUUAACAGCAUAAGUUUUCGUAUCAGCUAAGCAAAAUACUGUUAAGAAUUGGAGUGGGGAAACAAUUUUAUGUUAACAGUACUAAAACAUAACAUUCGGCAAGUAACAAAAUGUCUGUCUGACAUGCUACAGCAUCUGUGAUGAGCAUGCUAUUAGUUGUAUAACACUGGCUGCUGUCGUUUCUACCAUAUUUUUUUCUCUCAGUCUGGAUAAUAUCUAAAAUUGUUGGAAUAGCUACGUUUUCUCGGAGAGUACAGGUGUAAUUUCUGUCAUUGUAAAUACUCCGAUACAAUCUGAAUGUUAUCAAACAGUCUGUUUUAUUUUCAGUGUAAUUGCAUAUUAGAGUUACUGAAUUUAGUUCUAUUUUGUAUUGGAUAUAUUCGCAGUAUCGUAGUACUAUACGGAUAUACUUCAUUUUUAAAAUGUGCCGUUCAAAGUAGAUUGACUUUACUUUUAAAUCUGUGACACAAUAGGGUCCAGUUGUGUUUUAAAUAUUGGCACAUCAAAUGGACUGUUCUUUUUAAAAAAAUGUAAUUGCACAAGAUGGACUAUUUUUAUUGCAAUGGUGGCACAAGACGAGGAAAGGUUUAUCUAAUUUUUGUGACACAGUAUAAAAUUUCUAAUUGAUAAUUGUGUCGUGCAAAUGACAUAAGAUUCACUGGAAAUAUCGUUAAAUUUAAAAGAAGUUUUGCAAAUGGAUUGUAUUAGAUUCUAUUGGAUGUACCAUUGCACUGGAUACGAUUUAUCUACUUAAUUACUUUGAGCAGAUCAACCUUUCAGACCUUUAAGAACGAAUGGACCUUGGAAUAGCGAUUGUUGUCUUUCUUUUGUUUCAACACUGCUUAUGUUAUCUAAGCGAUGUACGACUUCUGGCACCAAGAACCGAACUUCGUCCACACCAUAUCGAGCCUUUGCGUCACGUGGCUUUAAUCAAGCAAGAAAUAUUACGUCACCUUGGAAUAACUGACUCUCUCAGAUACCACCAUACGACUCAAUCACAUCCAGCCAUGUCUAGUCACAAAACUGAUGAUCAAAUAUCCGAGUACAAAAUAACGGAUGUUGCCUCCUUUCACUCCGAACCGCCUGAUAAUUUUACAGACGAAAACAUAAUCCAGUUUAACCUUUUCAACAGGAUAAAUAGAAAACAAAUAGAAGUUAACAAUGUCAACCUGCUGCUUAGAGUUAAAGUGAGGAAGUCUAGAACCGACAAGAGGGUGACAAGAGAUGGUAAUUCUACAAAAAAGAAGAAACGCAGGCGCAAAAAGAAGUUUAAAGAAAUUAAUCUUCUGGUGUCAAAUAUAACAUCAAAUGGACAACCGGAUACAGUGAUUGCGUCAGUGAAAUCUAAAAUAAGAAAGACUAAAUCUCUAAAAUUAAAUGUUCCAAAAGAAUUUAUACAGACUGCAUUAGACUCACAUCAAAACACAUUACAGUUUUUCAUACAAUGCAUUGGUUGUAAUAAAAAAGCAAAGAUAAUUCUAGUUCAUAAAAGAAGAAAACGAAAGCUAACACAAACCAGAAGAAACAAGCAAUCAAAGUUACACAAGCGACGUCCUAUUCUGUUCAUUUAUUCCCACUUAAUGGAUGACAGUUGACAGCCAGGUAUCCUAAAUAUAACAGCACUGUUUCUUGUUAAAACACAGUGACAUCAUUAUCAUGCGUGCCUGUCUUUAGACUUAACAUAGUUCUAUGUUAAUGAGUCAAGUCGACUUUUGAGAUCCGUGGUAACACUUUAGAUGUUGAUGUUUUGAGACUUGCCUCAAAAUUCAGUUAGGACCUGACUAUGGUCUAUAAAACAAUAAGUGAAUGAGAAUCUAAGCGCGCUACAUUCCAGUUUUCAUUUGUCUUUUUACUUACUCAUGUUAAAGACAAAUAGACUUAGUUUAGAUCUGGUAGGUUUAUGUUAUGGUUGACGGCAUCAUCCGUGGUAUGUGAAAUUCGCGAAACGUGAGUACCUGAUGCAGAUUAAUAAUCGUAAAUAUUUAGAAUACUGGCAAGGAGCAUUAUUUGUGAAUAUUUGCAAACAUAAAACAGUCGGGAAUAUAACUUAAUCUAGAAUUGUGAGUUGUUACUAAAACGUGUUGAAUCCAUUGCCUUUUUUUUUUUUGCUUUCUUGUCGGUUUAACGUCAUACCGGCACUAUUAUAAGUCAUAUGGCGACUUUCCAAUAUUUGAUGGUGGAGGAAGACACCAGUAGCCCUUUUGUAUAUAUUUUCAUAGCGGACGGGCACAUGGGUAGAACCGCUGUAUUUUCCGCAAGCCAGCUGGAGAGCUUUCUAACAGGAAGAAUUCAAGACCCGAGCGAGGCCAAACACACAUAGGUUAGGAGCAAUUUCAAUUUAAGUUAGAGACCUGAACCACUCGGCCACGGAGGCCUCUGAAUAAAUUGUACAUGUUUUUGUCAUGAUUAAAGAUAAACAUAAUAUAAACAUGAUACUGUACGGAAAAGCACUGUUUAGUCAAUACUUCAUAAUACAUGACUUCAACGAAUAAAUUGUUAACAGCAAAAA